AGGAAAAACGCCAGUGGGAGUCUGGCAUCACUCACAUUAACAGCAGCAUCCACGGUUACUCGACAAAAGACUGCAGCGGAGAGCCACUAAUCCCGGCUGCUAUGAUCCUGUGUUCCUCCUUCCUCUCUGUCAUAGUUCCUCAUCACUCCAAUUACCUGGAUAAUAGAAGGCGAAUAGGUAUGGAACGCAACAGAGCCAUGGCAGAGGAAGAGUUUCGGAUCACUGUUGCUCGCAGUCAGCACUGACCUGGCGUCCUCACCGAGGUCUCGCCCCUUUCUCUGACAACCCCGGGACCCUUCGUACCCGGCGUCGACUUUGCCCUCCAUCUCACCUUGGCUUGGUGCUCCUGGUCUUAAACAAACCUUUUAAAAAAAAAAGCUUUUAUUAGAGUCCACCUGCGUUUGUUGUUGCUGUUGUCCUCCGAUGUGCAACCUGCCAGACUGCGGGUCGUAAACCACAUCGUCUCGUAAAGACUGAAGUUUUCUUUUAUAGAGUAUGAGCAGGUGGCUGAGCAGUAUGAGUCCGGUCACGUACCCCGUUCCGCUCGCCGUUUGUAAACCCAGCCGGCGAGGCUUGUUGUCCCGGACACGCCCUCUUGGCGUCGUGACGGACUGGUACCUCAUGAGCGUGCUCGGCCUCGUCGCGCUCUUCAGCCUGGCCUCCAGCCAGAAAAUGGAUCCCUCCAAACACCCCAUAGUCACGACUAACUACGGCAAGCUCCGGGGCAUCAAGAAGGACUUGAACAAUGAGAUUCUGGGCCCCGUGGAGCAGUACCUAGGCGUGCCCUACGCCACCGCGCCGAUAGGCGACCGCCGCUUUCAGCCGCCCGAAGCCCCGGGAUCGUGGCAGGAGAUCCGCAACGCCACCCAGUUCGCCCCCGUGUGCCCUCAGAACGUCCACGGGGUGCUUCCGGAGAUCAUGCUGCCCGUGUGGUUCACAGACAACCUGGACGUGGCGGCGGGCUACAUCCAGAACCAGAGCGAGGACUGCCUCUACCUCAACGUCUACGUGCCCACAGAGGAUGGUCCGCUCACAAAAAAACACGAUGAAUCUUCAAUGAACAAGCCUCGAGACGAAGAUAUCCGUGACCGCAGGAAGAAGCCCGUGAUGCUGUUCAUUCACGGAGGCUCCUACAUGGAAGGCACAGGAAACAUGUUCGACGCCAGCGUCCUCGCGGCCUACGGCAACGUGAUCGUGGUGACCAUGAACUACCGUCUGGGCGUGCUCGGUGAGUUAUCUGGACGCCGACCAGCUGAUCAUUUCCCUUGCUUCCUCAGCACUGGGGAUCAGUCCGCCAAGGGAAACUACGGCCUGCUGGACCAGAUUCAGGCCCUUCGUUGGCUGAAUGAGAACAUCGGCCACUUUGGUGGAGACCCGGAGAGGAUCACCAUCUUCGGCUCCGGAGCCGGGGCGUCCUGCGUCAACCUCCUCAUCCUCUCGCACCACUCGGAGGGUCUGUUCCACAGGGCCAUAGCUCAGAGUGGAACAGCCAUAUCCAGCUGGUCUGUCAACUACCAGCCCCUCAAGUACACCAAGAUCCUGGCCCGCAAGGUGGGCUGCACCUACACGGAGACGGCCGACCUGGUCGACUGUCUGAGGCGCAAGAACUUCAGAGAGCUGGUGGAUCAGGACAUCCAGCCGGCCCGCUACCACAUCGCCUUUGGCCCCGUGGUGGACGGAGACGUCGUGCCCGACGAUCCAGAGAUCCUCAUGCAGCAGGGGGAGUUCCUCAACUAUGACAUCCUCAUAGGAGUGAACCAGGGAGAGGGGCUGAAGUUUGUGGAUGACAGUGAGGACAAUGAUGGCAUCUCCGCCGCUGCGUUCGACUACACCAUCUCCAACUUUGUGGACAACUUGUAUGGAUACCCUGAAGGUAAAGACAUCCUGAGGGAGACCAUUAAGUUUAUGUACACGGACUGGGCAGACAGAGACAAUGGCGACAUGCGAAGGAAGACUCUCUUAGCUCUGUUCACAGACCACCAGUGGGUGGCUCCAGCAGUGGCGACCGCCAAACUCCAUGCUGAGUUUCAGUCGCCGGUUUAUUUUUACACGUUCUACCACCACUGCCAGACUGAGACGAGACCCGAAUGGGCCGACGCCGCCCAUGGAGACGAGAUCCCCUAUGUGUUUGGAGUGCCCAUGAUCGGUGCCACAGACCUGUUCCCGUGCAACUUCUCCAAAAAUGACGUGAUGCUGAGCGCUGUAGUCAUGACCUACUGGACCAACUUUGCCAAGACUGGGGACCCCAACCUGCCAGUCCCUCAAGACACCAAGUUCAUCCACACAAAGCCCAACCGCUUUGAAGAGGUCAUUUGGACCAAGUUCAACUCCAAGGACAAGCAAUACCUUCACAUCGGCUUGAAACCUCGUGUCAGAGACAACUACAGGGCCAACAAGGUGGCCUUCUGGCUGGAAUUAGUCCCUCAUCUCCAUAGUUUAAAUGAGGAGUUGUUCCCGACGACCACGCGUACACCAACAGGCACGGGCACCAUCAAACCCUGGACCAGAAACCCGGGUGCUCGCACCACCCGUCAACCCUACCCCACCUUCCCCUCUGAUCCGGAACCGGAGGGUUCAGAGCGCCCACACCAGGACCUCUUUCCUGAAAACACCCGUGACUACUCCACUGAGUUGAGCGUGACAGUUGCGGUUGGGGCGUCGCUCCUCUUCCUCAACAUCCUCGCUUUUGCCGCCCUUUACUACAAGCGUGACAAACGGCACGAGAUGCGGCGGCACCGGCUGUCCCCCCAGCGGGGCGGCCCAGCCAACGACCUGGCCCACAGCCAGGAGGAGGAGAUCAUGUCGCUGCAGAUGAAACACUCGGAGCACGACGCUCACCACGACAUGGAGCCCCUCCGGCCCCACGACAUCCUGCGGCCCGCCUGUCCGCCCGACUACACGCUGGCACUGCGCCGCGCCCCCGACGACGUGCCGCUGAUGACGCCGAACACCAUCACCAUGAUCCCCAGCACCAUCACCAGCAUGCAGCCUCUUCAUGCCUUCAACACGUUCCCCUCGACUGGCCACAACAACACCCUGCCCCACCCCCACUCCACCACCAGGGUAUAG